CCGUCGCGGGCGGCCCGCUCCUGCCGUGACGUCACUGCGGCGCGCCGGGCCGCUCGCACGUGUGGCGGUGCAGUGGCGGUGCCGCCAUGAGCUGCCCCGUGCCCUGCGCCGCCUGGGUGCGGCGCGGCGUGGCCAAGGAGACGCCCGACAAGGUGCAGCUCAGCGAGGAGGAGCUGAAGGGUCUCAUCGAGGAGGCGCAGGACAGGCUGGGCGAUGGUGCUGGUGGCAGUGAUGAAGGACAGACAGCAGGUGACAGGAGUGCCCCCAUGCCUGGCAGCAGCAGGAAGUCUUCCCAAAACAAUGAGGAGCUGUCUGAUCACGAACUGGAUGAAUACGAUUUGGACAAUUACGAUGAAGAGGGAUACACGGGUGAUUUAAAACUUGGAGACUCUUUGGCUACUCUGGCAGUAUAUGGGAGCAAUGAAAACGAUCCUUACAUCACUCUAAAAACCACUGAGCAAUAUGAACAGGAGGACUUUUUGAUUAAACCCAGUGACAAUCUUGUGCUUUGUGGCAGAGUUGAUAAAGACUGCUGUAGUUUGGAGAUCCAUGUUUAUAAUCAUGAAGAGGAGUCAUUUUAUGUGCAUCAUGACAUUAUCUUGCCUGCUUACCCUCUGAGUCUGGAGUGGUUGAAUUUUGAUCCUAGCCCAGAUGAAUCAACAGGAAAUUAUGUUGCAGUGGGUAACAUGACCCCAGUCAUUGACAUUUGGGACCUUGAUGUAGUAGAAUCCUUGGAACCUGUCUUUUCUCUUGGAGGCAACAAACAGAAAAAGAAGAAAAAGAAAGGAAAGAAAAGUUUAUCUUCAGAAGGGACUGUGGAAGGACAUACUGAUGCUGUGCUUGAUCUUUCAUGGAAUAAACAAAGCAGGAAUGUUUUAGCAAGUGCCUCUGCUGACAACACAGUGAUUUUGUGGGACAUGGCUGUGGGUAAGCCAGCAGCCAGCCUGACACUACAUACAGACAAGGUCCAGACAUUGCAGUUUCAUCCGUUUGAAACUCAGACUCUCAUUUCUGGAUCAUUUGAUAAAUCAGCAGUGCUGUACGACUGCAGAAACCCCCAGGACAGCCAUCGAGUGUGGCGGUUUAGUGGUCAGGUUGAGAGAGUAAUUUGGAAUCAUUUUUCACCUUGCCAUUUCUUGGCAAGCACAGAUGAUGGCUUUGUGUACUGUCUGGAUGCUCGCACUGAUAAGCCCCUGUUCACCCUGAAAGCUCACAAUGAAGAGGUCUCAGGGCUACAACUAAGCAGUCAAAUCAAAGGGUGCCUCGUGACAUCAUCUGCUGACAAAUACGUGAAAAUUUGGGAUAUCCUGGGAGAUAGACCAAGUUUAGUUCAUUCCAGGGAUAUGAAAAUGGGAGUUCUGUUUUGUGCAGCCUGCUGCCCUGACUUCCCGUUUGUCUUUGCCUUUGGAGGAGAACGGGAAGGGCUACGUGUUUGGGAUAUAAGCAAGAUCUCUGCAGUGAAUGAAGUUUUUGGAAACAGAGAGAGGCUCAUCCUGGCUAGUGCCAACUCUGCGGCUUCCAGCUCCACGCCCAGCAGUAGCAGCAAUGAUUUGGAGACAGCAAUGGAAUCAUGAUGGACCAAAGAUCAAAAAAUCAGAAUAAUUAAUGGGACUACUAUGAGUGUGUAUUCUACAAAUGCCUCUGUUUGGUGAGAGUUCAUGGAAAUGACUCUGGUGUCUUGCAAUCUGCAGGCUUCUUCAUGUCACACAAAGAUGGUGGUGUGGUUAAACUCUGAGCACCUGCCUCUCUUACCAGCUCUGAAAGAUUAAAUCACUCACUUUAGCCUGAGAUAAUGAUCCCUGAAACAGGGGCUACCCUAGGUAAAGUUGAUACAGAUGAAGUGUAACAGUCACUAGAAAAGUAUUCUGUGCCUACAGAAGUUUGUUGAAUAUUGAAAAGACAGUUUUUAUCUUGCCUUCUAAGGGCAUAAGGAAAAAUAUUUCACACAACAGUUAUGUAAUAAAUAAACAAAAGAUUAAUUAAAUUAAAUAACAAGUGUAAAUAGAUAAUUUAUCCUUAAUUUGAGGCUAGGUUUACAGAUUUUAGAAGAUCUUCCAUGUAACUUUUUAAAUUUUAGGAGUUCUCAGGCAAUAUGUUGGAGUCUCCAAGCAGAAUCCUGGAAUGUAUUUCUAACACUGAUAUCACCAACAUUGAAGCAGAAAUAACCCAGCUCUAUCCCACCAAAAUUGGGGUUUUCUUUUUCCAGGUUCCACAGCACCUGAAGUUUAGCAAUGUUGCACAUAGUAUUGGGUUUUUCUUCACACUCCAGAUGUAUUUCAAGAGAAUUUGAACUGAAAUAAGGAGCUGCUACUCAAGGAGGAUGAGAGGCUUUUAGGACACAGUGAGGGUUGGGAUCCUAGCUGGUCACUGUUACUGGUGAAAAGCCGUGUUCUUAACUCUGCCCAGGCAUUUCUGCCUGACACCUGAAGGCACAGAGGAAAGUUUCAGGCAUCAGUUUAACCACCAGCUUAAGCUGCUUGUUCACAGAACCAGGAAGCUAAUCAAGGGAUGUGACUCAAAGAAUGUCCUUUCAUUUAUAACAUAACACCCACGUGCUUUACCUCAGGAACUUCAUUGAUGCUCUUACCCUCCAUUGAGCAUGUGCUCUUUGUACACACUGAAGGUGCCUUAGAGUGUUCCUGCUGCAAAAACAACAUGAGUAUUAAAUCCACUGAUGCCAAAGCAGCUGUAGGAUCAUACUGAGAGCUGCCACGCUCUUCCCACUGCUUUCCACCCUAACUCACUGCAGUUCUUUCUGAAGUAAAGAAGUGAAGCAGGUAAAUUGCGUCCCUACAAACUGCAGCUGGGGAAAAGGCAGGUCUGUAACUUUCCUUCCUAUCCCCUGAGGUAACUGGCUGCUUCUAAAGCUACUUCACCUGUUUCUGUUUCUGGUCUGGUGAAGGUGUUCAGCAUGGCUUAGCAGGCACCAAGAAUACUCUAGAUGUUUUGGGAUUCCUGCCUCCAUCCUGUCUCUGCCAAGCAGUGAAUGAUGUGUGGAACACAAAUAAACAACUGCUUUUGUGAAACUUAGGAAGGUGUAAGUACCAGAACCACCUCUGUUCAACUGCUCUCCACUGAAAACUUCCAAGUUUUUCCAAGCUUUAAUUUUAAAUAAAUGCUUUGUGUUAAGA